AAUGGAAGAGACUCAACCCAAUCAGUUCCAGUUCUUUGUCUAACUUACUUCAAGGUUCUUAUAUAACAUGGUUCAACCCACCAAGGCUACCUGCCCAACUUCAUUCGUCAUAGCAUCCAUGAUAGCAACCAGAACCACACUCUCAAAAUUGAGAUGGGAGAGAGGAUGUAACAUCCAUCUCCAGAUGUAACCACAAUUAACCACAACCAGCCUGACUUUCGGCUCAAUUGAAACAGCCCAAACCCCCCAGAGCCGGUUGAUCUGCUUCAACCUGUCUGGAUUGCGCCCGCAAAGGCCGCGCAAAUCACAAGCAGCCGAGCAUGCGAUUUAAUAUAAAGUAACCGCGUGGAAUCAACCACUGCACCACUGCACACCACUGCACCAACCAGCCUAUCAGCCAUUUAUCUCUGCUGGGUUUCCCCUCCCCCGGAUUUCUCUCUUCCCCUCAUUUUCACCUCCUCAUUCCAUUCGGUUCUGGUGUCCACACGAGAUCAUGGCCACGAGGAAUGUUGAAUCGGGGACGGAUGCGCUCCCUCCAUCGGGACUGGUCUACAAGGUCUACAAGCGACGAUUUUGGGGGUUGAUCCAGCUGGUUCUGUUGAAUAUCGUCGUCAGUUGGGAUUGGUUGACCUUCUCUUCGAUCUCGACCACCGCCGCCGAGCACUUCAAGGUCUCGGAGAGCGCCAUCAACUGGAUGAGCACCGGCUAUCUCUUUGCCUUCUGCGCCGCCAGCCCCGUCGUCAUCUUUACCCUCAACAAAGGCGGCCCCAAGCCCGCUAUCAUCAUCACCUCCACUCUGCUGCUGGCCGGCAAUUGGAUCCGAUAUGCCGGCACGCGAGCUCGUGGCGGGAUAUUCGGGGUGGCCAUGUUCGGCCAGAUCCUGAUCGGCCUGGCGCAGCCAUUCUGUCUCAGUGCACCGACCCGGUACAGCGACCUCUGGUUCUCCGAUCAGGGGCGCACGAGCGCGACGGCCGUGGCGACGCUCGCCAACCCCCUCGGCGCAGCUCUGGGGCAACUCAUCGACUCGUUCUGGGCCACCGAGCCCGACGACGUCCCCAACAUGGUGCUGUACAUCUCGAUCAUUGCGACAAUCGCAUCACUCCCAUCCUUCAUCCUGCCCUCCGCACCACCGACCCCGCCCAGCGCCUCCUCCGCCAGCCACCAGAACACCAACACAAGCGAACCGACCCCACUCCUCCCCACCGUCACGCAACUCCUGCGCACCCUCGAAUUCUACCUCAUCCUGAUCCCCUUCUCCAUCUACGUCGGCUUCUUCAACAGCGUCUCCUCGCUGCUGAACCAGAUCCUCAGCCCCUACGGGGCCAGCGAGACCGAAGCCGGGAUCGCGGGCGGCAUCCUGAUCGUCGUGGGGCUGCUGGUCUCGGCGCUCAUCUCCCCGAUCACGGACCGGUACAAGCACUACCUGGCCACGAUCCGCAUCCUGGUCCCCAUCGUCGCCGCCUCGUACAUCGGGCUGAUCUUCGCCCCGGCCAGCCGCGCGGGCAUCGGCCCCACGUACGCCGUGUGCGCCCUGUUGGGUGCCUCCUCGUUCGGCCUGCUGCCCGUCGUGCUCGAGUUCCUCGUCGAGAUCACCUACCCGUUCUCCCCGGAGGUCGGGAGCACCCUCUGCUGGACGGGCGGGCAGCUCCUGGGCGCCGUCUUCAUCCUCGUGCAGGACGCCCUCAAGGCCGGGCAGCACGCCUCCCCGCCGGAGAACAUGCGGAACGCGCUCAUCUUCUCCGCCGUCGUGGCGGCCGUGGCGGCCCCGCUGCCGCUGUGCAUCGGGCUGUUUGGCCGCGACGUGCGCCGCAGGCGCUUGGACGUGGAUCGCGGGGUGGAUCUGGGGGAGGUCGUCGGGGACGAUGAUGAGACCAUUGACAACGACGCGGACGCGGACGCGGACGCGAUCCGUCGCGGGGAUCCAGCUGGCAGUGCCGGCGAGAAAGGGAAGUCCAGAUUCAAGUGGUCGGUCUCCUCGAGACAAUAGUGUGUUGCAGGAACAGCGGUUGUAGUAGGGGGGUGCGUAUGUGUUUUGCUCGCAUGGCUGGGCACAGGCCCUGUCCCUUACACAAAUCGGUCGCCAUGUUCU